AUGGAAAAUUAUGAUGAAGCGAUUGCUUUCCUGGGAGAAUGGGGAUAUUACCAGUGGACUAUUUUCUUUUCCCUAAGUGUCAUUGUUAUUCCAAAUGGCUACUUAGCUCUUUCAAUGGUGUUCCUGGCAGAUACCCCUCAGCAUCAUUGUCGUCUGAAUGACUCUUCAAAUGUAUCCUUCCUUGAUCUGAGUUUACAGCUGCCUAUGGAGGAAGUGGAUGGUGAGCAAAUACACAGCAAGUGUACCAGGUACAGAAUUCAGAAGGAAGUUGGUUUCAAUGACACAUCUCUUGGAACAGAGCAUUGUGUGGAUGGCUGGGUAUUCAACACAGACGGAUACACUUCUACAAUUGUCACUCAGUGGGAUCUAGUUUGUGACCAUAACUGGAAAGGACCAUUUACCACAUCAGUAUUUUUCUUUGGAGUGCUGUUUGGCUCAAUAAUCUCUGGACAACUUUCAGACAGGUAUGGGAGAAGAACUGUUCUCUUUGGAGCUAUAGCCAUGCGGUCAAUCUCAAGCCUCCUUCAACUGGCCUCUCAGAGUUGGGAAAUGUUCUGCAUACUGUACUUUUUUGUUGGCCUUGGAGAUAUCUCAAGUUACAUAACCACCUUUGUACUCGGAAUUGAAAUCCUUGGCAAGUCUGAGAGGAUUGCUUACUCGACACUUGGUAUCUGUAUAUUUUAUGCCUUUGGCUACAUUCUUCUGCCAAUCUUUGCAUACUGUAUCCGAGAUUGGAGGAUGCUCCUACUAGCUUUGACUCUGCCAGAAAUCCUUUACAUCCCUCUAUGGUGGUUUAUCCCCGAAUCCCCCAGAUGGCUGCUCACUCAAGGCCGAAAGGAAGAAGCUGAGGCAAUAUUGAAAGCUGCUGCCAGGAAAAAUGGAAUCGUACAUGUUGGAGCAAUAUUUGAUAACACAUAUAGUACUAUGGACCCCACAGAUAGAAAUAAGCAUUCACAGAAUUAUUUGGAUUUGUUUGCCACAUCCAACAUAAGGAAUGUCACGGUCAUCUUGUUAUUGAUGUGGCUGAUCUGCACCAUUGGUUACUAUGGAUUAUCCCUCACUACUCCCAACCUGCAUGGAGACCCCUACAUCAACUGUUUCAUCUCUGCAGCCAGUGAAAUCAUAGUAUAUGUGAUAGUCUGGCAGCUGAUGCGUGGGUCACCUCGACGGAUUGUCACUGCUAUACUGCUAUUAUUCAGUGGCUCCAUGCUGCUUUUCGUUCAGUUGGUUCCUUCAACUGUGCAAUUUGUGAUCACUAUAUUGGUGAUGAUUGGUAAAUCUGGUGUUACCGCAGCCUUCACAAUAAUCUACGUCUACUCGUCUGAAUUGUAUCCAACUGUGGUGAGGAGUAUGGGUGUUGGGGCAUGUUCCACAGUAUCCAGAAUCAGCAGUAUCAUCUCCCCAUAUUUUGGUUACAUGGCUGCACAUAGUGGUAUUUUGGCCUUCAUUGUAAUGGGCAGCUUCAUGAUUAUAGCUGGACUACUAAGCUUAUUGCUACCUGAAACUCAUGACCAACCUCUCCCAGAGACAAUUCAGCAGAUGCAGCCAAUGAACUGGUAA